UAAGCAAACACAGAAUGGCAAACGUUAUAAGGUUUUGUGAUAAGUUGAGGUGUGAUCAAGACAAACUAUAGUUUGUGUGCCUAUCAUAUGGCAAUAAUAUUACAUUGUAUUUCUGUAUGGGUUACUAUCCUGUCUCUCGUCGUUGUGGGGUUCACGGGUGUGGAUGCACGGUCUUCUCUGGGCGAUGACCUUCUCCUCCCCUACCCUCCGGGCACCCGCCAUGGCUCCCCCCAUUCCCACCGCCACGUGAGGGACUGCCAGCCUGUCUACCAUGGCAACGCCACCCACGAGACCUGGCCCGCCCACCACAGCCGGAGCCGAAACCGCAACAACAACGACGAUGGCAGCACCAGUGGCAGCGGCAGCGGCAGCGUCACCCCCGUGGCAGAGUCCCGGCUGUUUUUGUCGGAGUUAGCCGGAUACCCACCCAGGUGGGUGAGCGGCCAUGUCACGGUGGUGCGGGACCCCCUGAGGACCGUGUCCGUACUGGAGCCCAGAGGACGCGGCGGCUGCAGCCAGCGCAGCACAGCUCAGGUGGCGGAGACGGCCAGACCGAGGGACUGUCUGUACGCGCAGAACGGAGGCUUCUUUGACAUCGAGCACUUUGACUGCCUGGGGAACGUGGUGAGCGAUGGACACCUGGUCAAGGACAGCGGAGGAGUGCAGAACGCCCAGUUCGGGAUCCGCAAGGACGGCACUCUAGUGUUCGGGUAUCUGUCUGCGGAGGACGUCUUGGAUCAGGAGAACCCCUUUGUGCAGCUGAUCUCCGGUGUGGUGUGGCUACUGAGGAACGGGACCGUCUACAUCAAGGAGAGCAUGGAGGCCGAAUGCGACAAGACACAGAGGACAGGAGCGUUUGAGAGGUUUGUGAACGUGGUGUCAGCCAGAACAGCGGUGGGUCAUGACGCUGAGGGCAGACUCGUCCUCUUCCACAUCGAUGGCAAGACCGACGCCAGAGGCAUGACCUUGUAUGAGGUGGCUGAUUUCCUGAAGGACCAGGGGGUGAUCAAUGCCAUCAACCUGGACGGGGGCGGCUCAGCCACGUACGUGGCCAACGGGACCCUCGCCAGCUACCCCUCCGACGAAUGCGAGAAACGUUCCAUUUGGCACUGCCCGCGUGCCGUCUCCACAGUGCUGUGUGUCCACGAACCGCUGUGCCACCCACACAACUGCAGCGGGCACGGCACCUGCGUACGCGGGGACUGCCAGUGCCACCCGGGGUGGCAGGGGCCCGACUGCGCCAGUCUGCUGUGCCAGCCCUCGGACUGUGGCGCCCAUGGCAUGUGCACGGAGGAUGGCUGUGUCUGUGAUGCUGGCUGGACGGGUUCCGACUGUCGCCAAGCUUGUCCUCAGGGUUUCUAUGGCGACGGCUGUAAUCAGACCUGCGGAUGUUUAAACGGAGCGUCCUGCGACCCCGUCCAUGGCAGCUGCUCCUGCCUCCCAGGGUUCCACGGCCACCUCUGUGAACAAGAGUGUCCGCUGGGCUUCUUUGGGCUGGGCUGUGUGCAGGCGUGCCGCUGUGCUGAGCAGUGCUCUUGUCAUCCAGCCACCGGAAGCUGCAACUCCAGCUACCACACGGAGCAGCAGAACAGCACCAUGCACAGAGGUGACUUCUGCCUUGCUCAGCAGCUGUUGAAGGACUGGAAGAAGGAGGAGGAGGCACACACACCUAGGCCCUACUUCACAGAGCAUACUUGGCUGGCUAUCACUGCAGCGCUGGCCUCUCUGCUGAUGGCGAGCGUGGUCGGUAAUCUGAUCCAAGCGUGCCGAAAAUGCGCCGCACGCCCCGGCCAGAAGCUCUACUCCUACACCCCCCUGCACCAGCUGAACGGGGGGCCAAGUCUGGCGGAGGAAGAGGAGGAGGAGGAGGAGGAGGAGGUGGAGGUGGGAGGAGGAGGUGGAGGAAGAGGAGGAGGAGGAGGAAGAAGAGGAGGGGAAAGAGGAGGAGGGGAAAGAAGAGGGCUCUACCAACUUGAGGACUCGGAAGAGGAUUCCUCCUGAUAAGAGGAGUGUGUGUGUGUGCAUGUGCGUGUGUGUGUGCGCGUGUGUGUCUGUCUGUCUGUCUGUCUGUCUGUCUGUCUGUCUGUCUGUCUGUUUGUGUUGGUGUGUGAUCUGAUUUGUGUGUGUGUGUGAUCUGAUUUGUGUGUGUGUG